GCGGUAAGGCGGAAAUUUAAGUGCGGGGCUGGAGAGAGAAAAUAGGCGAACCGGGAAGAACAGGGAUUGUGAAGAUUUUAGAGGCAAGAGACAAGAAACACAGGUAAGCAAAACCGAGGGUCUGAGGUGGGACGAUAGAGCUCUAAUGUAACGGAUCAGUUUGUUUAUAGUCAUGUAGCAGGGCGAGUUAUCGCGAGAUUUAACUCAUAACGGACUGGGCGUUAACUCCAGCUGUUGUAAUUAGUGGUUGUUGCUCCUAAAGUUGUAUUUAUCUGGUUUCUAAAACAAAUAGUCAAAAAGUUCCAACAGAAAUCAUCUGAGAGAGGAAAAAACAAACAAAUAGCCUACAGUAUUUAAAUAUUUCUGUUAAAUCAAUUAUCUCAAUUUAAAGUUGUUUUUUUUUCUUUCUUUUUUUACUUUACAAAACCAAACUGAAACACACCUCUCACCUGUUUCUCACCUGUCUGUAUCUGCAAGCAGUCUGACUCUAUGAAAGCAGAUGUUGACUGAACUGAACCUCGCUGGACUUAACUGGACUUAACUGGACUUAACUGAACCUAACUGGACUUCACUGGACUGGACUGGACUUAUCUGAACCUAACUCGACUGAACUUAACUGGACUUGACUGGACUGAACUUGACUGGACUGGACUUGACUGGAAUGGACUUAACUGGACUGGACUGGACUUGACUGGACUGAACUUGUCUGGACUGGACUGGACUUGACUGAACAGAACCUAACUGGACUUGACUUAACUGAACCUAACUGGACUUGACUGGACUGGACUUGACUGGAAUGGACUUAACUGGACUGGACUGGACUUGACUGGACUUAACUAGACUUGACUGGAGUGAACUUGUCUGGACUUGACUGGACUGGACUGGACUGGACUUGACUUAACUGGACUGGACUGGACUGGACUGGACUUGACUUAUCUGGACUGGACUUAACUGGACUAGACUGGACUGGACUUAACUGCUUGAUGGAACUGCAGCUUUUGAGUCUGCGUCUGUAAAUGUGGAUUUAUGAGCUUGUACAUUAGGCAGACUGAUUUGUCUGAAUCAUUUUCUGUGUCUCUCAGGAUGAUGCGUUCAUUGUGGGUGUGUCUCGCUCUGUGCGUGGUCGUGGGCAGCAGCAAACCGACAGAGAAGAAGAGUCGAGUUCACGAAGAAGAGCCUCUGAGUCGCCUCGAACACGACGACAACAAAAACUUCGACUAUGACCACGAGGCAUUUUUGGGUCAUGACCAGGCGCAGACAUUUGACCAGCUCCCUCAGGAGGAGAGCAAGCGCAGACUCGGGUGAGUUUGUUUUCCAAGUUUAUUUACAUUUACUGAAAGAUUUAACAGAAAUGCACACCUGAAACACCUAAGAUAUACCUCAGACACAUUUGAGAGGAACCAAGAAUACACAAAACACAUCUGAGAAACACCUAAGACAUACCUGAGACACCUUGUAAACACCACUGAUACAACUCAGACACAAAUUAAACAAACCAAGAGCACCAGAAUACUCACAUCAGGCUCACCUCAGACACAUUAGUGACACACCUUAACACCUGAGGCACACCUGGCACACUAAGGAGACACCUCAGAAACAUUUUCAACAAAUCAAGAACACCAAAGACCUACCUGGAUCAUCUUAAGACUCUCUCGGCAGAACUAAGAAAUACCCCAGCCACACCUGGAACAGCUAAGGCGCAUUUAAGACGCAGCUGUAACACCUGAGACACACCUGGAACAGAUGAGACAAGCCCAAGACACACUUGAAACCACUUAAUUAAAUCAGAGACACACUCAAAACUUACCUAAGACAAACCAGUGAUGUGCCAGGAGCAGCUGAGACACUCCUGAACACACCUGGAACUAUUCAGACCUUCCUGACACAGUCCUGAUCUAUGAAUGUGGAUCUAUGUUGUUACUGUAAAAGUUUUUACAGCACUGAAACUUACUAUAUAAAAACCACUCUGCGUUUGUGUGUGUGUGUGUAGUGUCAUAGUGGAUCAGAUGGACAGUGAUUCUGACGGCUUUGUGUCGGAGGAGGAGCUGAAGUUGUGGAUAAAAAGCGUUCAGAGGAAACACGUGUAUGAGAGCGUGGAGCGCCAGUGGAAGGACUUCGACAUGAAUGACGAUGGACUAAUCAGCUGGGAAGAGUACAAGAACAUCACCUACGGAACCUACCUGGGUGAGUGGUCCCACAAAAACUACCUGUUUGAUUUGUCUCUGAUUGGUUUAUCUUCUGCCUGUCAUUGGUUACCUCUGAUUGCUUACCAUAGAUGACCCUCAGGCCAACCUGGAGUAUAACUACACGGCCAUGAUGGUGAGGGACGAGAGACGAUUCAGAGCGGCGGACACCAACAGAGAUCUGAUCGCUGACAAACUCGAGUUCACGGCUUUCCUCCAUCCUGAGGAGCACGAGCACAUGAAAGAUGUGGUGGUUCAGGUGAGCGUGAUGUCACUGCCUGGUGUUAAUCAGAUCAUGUGACUCAGGUCAUGUGAACCACAUGUUUGCUCUCUGCUACAGGAAACUAUUGAGGACAUUGACAGGAAUGGAGACGGGUUCAUCGACCUGAACGAGUACAUAGGUAAGGAGGUUGUUGUCUCAGGGUUGAUAUUUUGAUGAUUGUCUCCUCUUGGUGAUCGUUUUUUUCUGGUCUGGUUAUUCUGGUUUCUUCAGUUUCCUGGUCUGGACUGAAAUCUGUGAUCCUGAUCUGUACCCUGUGCUCUGUCCUCGUCUGCAGGUGAUAUGUACACAGCGGAGGACCAGGCGAGGGAUCAGGCGGCGGAGCCAGAGUGGGUGGAGUCAGAGCGUCAGCAGUUCGCUGAGUUUAGAGACAAAAACAAAGAUGGAAAAAUGGACAAAGAGGAAACUCUGGACUGGAUCCUCCCGGCGGACUACGACCACGCUGAGGCUGAGGCCAAACACCUGCUGCACGAGUCUGACGCCAACCAGGUUAGUAGGCUGAUGAACUCUUAAUAACUUGUUUAACUGUAGAACACCUGCUGCUUCAUACUGAUCAUACUUACCUGGCUUUUAGUUGUCCCAUCCAGGACCUCCUCCUCCCUCACAAUAUUUGUAUGGCACCUAUCUCUAAAGCACCCGUGUAUUACAGGUGUAACAGCUCUGUAACACUUGUGUUUGUGUCGUUUUCAGGAUGGUAAACUCUCGAAAAAAGAGAUCCUGGAUAAGUUUGAGGUGUUCGUCGGCAGUCAGGUAACAGACUUCGGGGAGGCGUUACUACGACACGAUGAGUUUUAGAGGAGAGACAUGAAGAAGAAAUAGAAUAUUUCAAGUUAUUUAUUCAGGUUUAAAUGAAGCCUGACAAAGGAGGAGUUUUGUUACUUUUGUAUAAAACACUUAAGAUACAUGUUUUACCUAUUUUUUUUUAUCUGUUCACUGCUCUAGUUUUCAUAUUUUUAAAAUUGUAUUAUUAUUUUUUUUUGUGUGUGUGUGUGUGUCUUCCUGGUCAAAGACUCUGAUUGGUGCCUCACAGUUUUUAUCUGUUUUUUUUUUAAUGUAUUUUAAUGCAUGCGUCCUGCCACCUGGUUGUUUCAGUUAAAAAAAAAAAAAAAACUUUACAGGAUAAUAACAAAUGGUCAGGGUUGGGUUUCUGAGUCUAAAAGUCUGCGUCAGUUUACCCCUAGAAAAGAAACUGGAUUUUAAAUUUCAGAUCAGCUGAUUUCAGUUGCAACAAAAUAAGCAUCGACAGUGGAGCACCAAUAUUAUUAUUUUCUUUGACAACAGCCAACAUACAGCAGCCUUUUGUUAAUCCCACCACGAUAAGCAACUCUCGUGCACAAACAGAGAGAGAAUCUGCUUGAAUGUAAGAGCAGGUCCAUCCUGAGUGAUGUUCAGAUAGUUUGUUAGUGUUACAACUCAGAGUAAAGAAAAGUCCUUGCGGAGUAAUAUUUUUCAUUUAUAGCAUCCUUGAUCAAAUUUGGCGCCCCCUUGGUGCCAAAAAAAGACAAUCUGUGUGCUGUUUCUGACCGUGGUACAUAUUUGUGAGCCAUGCUGCAAACUGUGUGCAUGGAUUUUAUGUUCAGUGUGCAAAUUUGCAUGCAGUCAGGUUUGUUCUCUGUGCACUAAGAUUGGCAAAUGAGCAAAACUCAGAGUUCCCCUCAUUUCAGUAAACCAGACUGAGAGUUCAAACUAAACCUGGUUUCUAAACAGACCUCUGAGAUACUGUAAUGUUUUUAUAUCAACUUGAAGAUAAUGAGAUUAUCUGUUAUACUUUUACACAGAGUGAUUGUAUUUUGGACUUCUAUUGUUGUUUAAUAAAAAUAUAAAGUUAAAAUA